AGGAAGUGCGUCCUGACUCUUUGUGACGUCACCGCGGUACACAAACACACAGGGGGCCGUGCCCGGUGGGCGGUAUAUGGUUGUGAUGAUGACACCUGAGUAGGAGGGGGGUCACGUGAUGGCGGACCUGCAGGAGGAGAGAGAGGCUCUGCUGGAGGAGCAGAAGGUCAACCGGGAGCGGGCUCGCAGGUGCGUGCAGGAGACCAACAGGCGCCGCAGGGACCUGAGGGAGAAACAGAGGCAGUGGGUCCUGCAGGAGCAGAGACGGCGUGAAGAAGUCCUGCAGCAGCGGCGGGAGAAGAUCCAGGCGGUGACAGAACACUUCCAGAGGAACUACGUGCCGCCUUCUCAGCGCAUGCACGCUGCCUGUUGUGGAGGAAAUAAAUAUUCUCAGUUGGAAGAUGCUCUCAAUCAGAUAGGAGGAGGCCAGCUGACCUGUGACAUCAGCAGCAGCACUUCCAGGCCCCCCGCCGUGUCGCCAUCGCCGCCCCACCAGAGCCCGGCUGUGGCCCCCGAGCAGAGCUGCUGCGUGACAAGGUGGGAGGAGCCUCCCAGGACGCAGGCCAAGCACCCAGAGGACGACAAUGUCUCCUGUGGCUCAGACAGCCUCUCCAGUCGGGACAGUCUGGAGAACGAGGAGCCCGCCGUCAGCGCCGUCCUCCAUUACACGGAAACUCCGCCCCAAGACCUCAAGUGUCCAAACAACCCGUCGGUCCCGGAGCCGGCCUCGGCGGCCGUGCAGCCGCGGGUGGGUGGGUGUCCCGGAGACGUCAACUACAACCUGCCGGGCCACAAGGAGACCUCCAUCAACAACCUCAACAAGUUCUCCUCUGACACCGGCGUGUGGAAGCACAUCAACACGGCGCCCGCUGGAAGUCCAAAGUGGUCCAAGGUGACGUCUCCCCCGGCCUGCAGGGUCGGACUCACCAAAGGGAUCCUGAAAAGUCUAUCAGGGUCCAGGGAAACCUUGAGCGAUUCCCCGCGCUCCUACGUCAGCUCGCUCAAAGCCGGAGACUUUCUGGUGUGCGACAGCAUCGAGCUGACCAGGGCCAGGUCCAAGGGCAGCGAGUACAAGAAUGGCGCCAAGAAGCUCCGCUGGCUGGACGAGGAAAACCCCGGACAUCUGCCCAGAGGUCACCUGCAGGCCUGGACGGACAUCGGGGUCCAGGUCAGCCUGGCACUGCAGGACGGCGCCGGCGUCCCUCAGAGGACGGCUCUCGUGUCCCCGCCCAUCGCCAAGACCGGGGCGAGGACGAGGGGGAGCGUGCAGGCCUUGUCCAAGCAGGGGGGCCCCAUGAGGGGACUUCACAGCGGGGACCAGACUCGUGUGGGCCACCGGUCCCACGGGGACGUCCUACACCAGGAGCAUCCCGUCACAGGUGACGGCGGCGUGACCAACGCUCGCUUGCUCCCCACGUGGCGCCGCCCCACGCCCGACAGCGGCUGGAGAGCCACGCCGGUUUUUUGGCAGCAGGGCGGCGCCAGAAGCCAAGGAGCAUCGUACAGGGAGAGGGUGUUGGACUGCACCCCCACUGACCAGGACAUCUACAAGCUCUGCCAAGAUGUCCGCAGUGCCUUCGUCAGCAGCGCUGCUGACACUCGUCUGGGGAACACAUCCUGCCUGGACCACCUGAGACACAGUCCUGCUACCAGCUGCAGAAGAACUCCUGAAUCACAGAAGGCUGCGGAGGCAGCAGGAGCACACGUCACAGGAUGGAACCUGGACCCAAGCAAAGGUUGCUAUCAGGAACACAUUGCCCAGUUCAACAAGUCACGUCAUGUGACCAAAGGUGGAAAAAGUACAACGCCGCGUUGUCUGGCCGACACACACACCUGUUCUCCUUUGGGGGAAGGUGCUACCUUGGUUGCCACGGGAACGGGCCCACUACAGAGGAUGCAGCGUCGCCGAGUACCGCCUCCUACAUCCAUCUCCUUGGAGGAGCAGAGCAUCUGUCAGUCUCUGGACCGACUCAACCUGCAGCUGCACCGCAAAGGUGGACUGCACUGACACACACACACACACACACACACACACACACACACACACACACACACACACACACACACACACACACACACACACACACACACACACACACACACACACACACACACACACACACACACACACACACACACACACACACACACACACACACACUACUUGAAACCAAGUGUGCCUUAUGGAGAAGAUGCUGCAGUGAGAAA